AUGAUGCAGAGCAUACAGGUAAACUCACCCAAGAAAGUGGUGCGGAUGCAAGGAGGAAGUGACGAAGAUGAAGAAAACGAAAAAGAAGAAUAUCUCAUAACCAACCUCACUGGAAGCAAUAAAAACAUGCCCAGUCUUAUAGUCCGUAUUCCAAGCAACAUGAACAAAUUUUUAAGUAAGGAGGAAGUAAAAAUCAAUUUUAAUGAAGAUAUUAAAUUGCCUAAUAAAAAGGGGAGCAAAAAGUUACGCUCCUUUAAGUUGGAGCCAUCUGCACCAAGCAGCUCUGAGCAAAUGAAUGAGAAAACCAUGGAAAAUACCUACAGGAGUCCCGACGUCAAGGUGGACAGUACGUACCAGUCAGACGGGACAGAUGGUGAGGCUAUCCCUAGGAACGGGUUGGUCCCCGACGGGGACAGCGGUGAAAGCGAUGAUGAUGAAGAGGAAGACCAGGAGGAAGACGAAAUGAGUGAGGAAUUCAUCAAGUCAUUCAAAGAGAACUACGUGGAGAAACACCAAACGAACGCUUGCAAUGAAAGCGUUACCUUCCUAAGAGAUCACACAAAAAAUGAACUUGAAUAUUUUCUUCAAAAAAAAAAAUUACACAGUUCAUACGAAAUGAAAAUAAAUGACAUUAUCAACAUCGACUAUGAUAAGCUCAACGAGAAAAAUAUCAUCCCAUACUUUUUAACGAACAUGUUCGAUGCAGAACAGAAGAAGAAGAGAGACAAGUUGAAGCAGCUGUUGGAGGCUAAACGGAAGUCCAUGCUGGAGAGAUCAAAGAAGAGGUAUAACAACCAAAUGGACAAGGGGGUCGCAGGACGCCAAAAGGGAAAGACCAGUCCCAGCUCCAAGGGGAGCAAAUUGACGAAGGGGGAGAAGCUGCACAGCGGGAAGUUCAAAAUGGAAAAGGGUGCAAAGGGUAAGGGGGACCAAGAGGACGACGAAAAUGACGAUGCUGAUGACGAGAAUGACGACGAUAAUGAUGAUGAAAAUGAUCUCGACGGAGAGGAUGACGCGUACGAGCCUCUCUCAACGGGAGCAAAGCGGAAAAACAAGCAAGGGGCAAAGCUAGUCGGGGCAAAGGACAAAAGGACGCGCAUCCAAGAGGGAGACAAGCAGGAAGAUCCAUACCUGGACGACUUCGAUAAAGACGCGGACGUAGAUGCUGAUGUGAAUAUUUACAACGACCCGACACUGUACGGAAUCGAAGGCAGUAGUGACUACACGGAGGGGAUAAAGAGCGACUUAGAAAACUCCCAAGAGGAAGAAGACACAACAAAGGAUCAACAGCAGAUGGGAAACAUUUCAAAGGCACAAAAAAAAAAAAAAAAAAAUGUAGAGGAACUAGGAGAGGAAGAAGAAAAUAUAGAUGAUAUAAUAGAUGCAGAAACGCAAAAGUUAAUCUCGUAUGAUUACUAUUCUAGUGUAAAUAUAAAAGAAGUGGUAAAGCCAAGUUAUAAAAUAAAAUCGUUAACCCCCUUUAUUCCCAUUGAGGAAAAUAUUGACAAUUUAGAUCACGUCCAAAAAUUGCAAUACCUGAUUAAAAAUUUGCCACACACACAUGUAAAGGAAAAGAGGUCUCUGUAUCACUACAACAUUAAGCAGUUUAUCAAAUGGAAAGUCUAUCUAAUGAAUAAUAUAAAUAUUUGCCUUUACGGAGUAGGGUCAAAAUAUCACCUGCUCAAUCUCUUUUGCAACAUAUGCCUAAAUGACGGAAACAAAUGCAUUGUGUUAGGGUUCGAAGAAGAAAUAAACUUUGAAGAAAUUAUAACACGCAUAUUGGAAUACCAUUAUAAGUACAAAACGUCCAAAAAUUUAAAGUCAUUUGAUUUGCUCUACGAAUUAAUUCACAAAGUAAAUGAAACUAAUCUCCCCCUGUAUUUUGUUAUACAUAAUAUAGAUAACGUAAAAUUAUACCCCUACUAUGAAUACUUUUCUUUUAUGAGUCAAUUUGAUAAUAUUCACUUUGUUUGUUCCAUUGAUGAUGUUUCUUUUGAGCUCAAUAUGAACUUUAAGAAUAUCAGCUCGAUCAAUUUUCACUAUGUGAAAUGCCACACGUGGUUAGAUUACCGUCAUGAAAUUCUGAGACAGUGGAAUAAGUUCCUGCCCGAAUGGGUGUUCAAUAAAAAGUGCGAAGAGGUAGACGUGAAGAAAAACAUAGAAACUAUAUUAAACGCGCUUAGUAUAAAUCAUAAGAGACUCUUUAAAAUCAUUGCAUCUAUUCAGUUGGAAAAUCUGGAAAAGGGCAUCUAUGGGGUCGAGAAGGAAUCCUUGCUCCAGGACAAGCGAAUAUUUACUGUCGGAGCAUCCAGCAUCAGAAUAAACUCUCUUCUUGUCGAGUUCGUGUCCCACAAUGUUAUCACCGAAACGAGGCUCAAGGAGGGUAACACCUUCCUCAAAAUAAAUGCAGACAAGGUGGAACUCAAGAGGGUCGUCGAGCAGUUGUGA